CCAGCAGGCCCCGCGCGGCGCCCGAGCAGUCGGUGACCUUCCCGGUUGAGUGGUGUCCGCCGAGGCCUGGGCGGUUGGUCCUGCGGAGGAGGGGCCCGCCGCCCACCCGGGAGGUCCGGGCGGGUCCCCGCGCGGCGCGGUGCCUCGCCUGAUGCGGCUCCCCCUGCCGUCCGCGCCGGCCUCCGGGGCGGGGCCUCUUCCCCUACGGCCCGCUUUGGAGCGCGUAGAAGGAGACGCAAGAUGUCGAGCACUCAUUAAAUGCUUCAAAGCUUAAUUAAAAAUGUCUGGGUCCCUAUGAAGCCGUACUAUACCCAAGUCUACCAGGAGAUCUGGAUAGGAAUGGGGUUGAUGAGCUUCAUUGUUUAUAAAAUCAGAAGUGCAGAUAAAAGAAGCAAAGCCUUAAAAGGUUCAAGUCCUGCACCUGCUCACGGUCACCAUUAACCAGCUCUCGAGUACCCACGAGAUGAAGCCUCAGUCUGCCUGUAAAUUUAAGCAAGCUGUGGUAGAUGGGAGCACAGAAUGUCACUGUACACCUCCAUCAGCAGCGUUCACUCUGCGGCAUGAAUAAACGCACCUGUGAGGUGCACCACCC